ACUUCAAGAAUACAUUCACCAUAUUGGAAAAAUACUUCAAGCGAAGGUAAGUACAGGGGCCAGGGAGGUGUAAAGGGUCUUUCAUUUUUGGCGCCUUUUACUCAUGCGAUCAUGUCUCCUCAUAAAAUAAAUGGGAGGGCGAAAGUAAUCACAGCACGCACGAGCACUGUCUGUGGUUACAAGUCCUGAUACGUUUGCGCGCGCCAAGACCAUCUGGCCAUCCUAAACAUGUUGACUGACGGCGUAUCCAAGAAAUCGCUAUUGUAUCCAGCUCGCCACACUUCGAUUCAGUUCAAAACUGCAGAAGCAGGAAAUAAAAGAACAGUCAUAAAAUAGUUGAGGUUUACUUCUUACGUCGUGAGACGCCAGCACGAGCAUCGCUCUUCGCCGCUUCACGUUUCCGGGAUUGUUCGGCUGUGUAUCACUCCGCCACUUUUCCCGCGCUUUUCAGGCGUGCUGCUCUAUUGUGCGGAAAAACUGGUCGGACACUCAAACCCACAGAGUUAGUAAAGAGGCAAGAUGUCUGACGGCCCUCGAUCCAGAAGCAGCAAUGUGGCAUCGCCACGUUCUCGAAGCAGUAACGUGGCAUCGCCGCCUUCCCGGGGUGGGAACAUGCCGUCCUCACCUCCCGACCUGGGCACAUCGCCGCCAGGUCGCGACCUUCCACCAUUUGAGGACGAAUCUGAACUCCUCGGUGGCGUCGGCAACGAAGACGACGAUGUCCGUCGUGACGAUGAGCAAGAAGAGGAGGGGGAAGAGCUGUUCGGAGAUAACAUGGAGGAUGACUACCGAGCAAUUCCAGCACUGGACACCUACGACCCGCAAAUGCUGGAUGACUCGGAGUACAGUGCCUUGUCCGAGUCGGACCGCAGGGUCGUCGAGGAGCAGAUGCGGCAGCGAGAUCGUGCAGAGGGCCGCGUCACUGGCCGCAUGCGGAGGGGCCUGCUGUAUGAUGAAAGCAGCAGUGAAGCCGACAGACCCGUCCGGAGGAGGCGGUUGGCUGAGCGCGCAGCGGAAGGUGCUUUCUCGGAAGAUGAAGAUAUGGUUGAGAGUAUUGAAAACCUUGAAGAUAUGAAGGGCCACACAGUCCGAGAGUGGGUGACGCAGAUUGGUCCCAAGACGGAAAUUUACAACCGCUUCAAGAACUUCUUGCGCACGUUCGUUGAUGAGCGUGGCCACAACCUUUACAAGGAGAAGAUCAGGCAAAUGUGCGAAGAGAACAAGCUCAGCCUGGAAGUUAACUACAACACCUUGGCCCAAGCAGAGCAGGUCCUAGCUUACUUCCUGCCUGAGGCACCUGCAGAGAUGCUAGUCAUUUUCGAUGAGGCGGCCAAGGACAUUGUUCUUGGCAUGUUCCCGCAGUAUGAGCGGAUCACCCGGGAAAUUCACGUCCGCAUUACUGACCUGCCCCUCAUCGAGGACAUUCGCAGUCUCAGGCAACUCCACCUGAACCAGCUGGUGCGGACCGCUGGUGUAGUGACUAGCACCACUGGUGUGCUACCACAGCUCUCCCUGGUGAAAUACGACUGCAGCAAGUGUAGCUAUGUGCUCGGUCCUCUGGUGCAGUCUCAGAACCAGGAGGUCAAGCCAGGAUCUUGUCCCGAGUGCCAGAGCACGGGGCCCUUCACCAUCAAUAUGGAACAGACCGUAUACCAGAACUACCAGCGCAUCACCAUCCAGGAAAGUCCUGGCAAAAUAACAGCUGGUCGUCUCCCCCGAUCUAAGGAUGCCAUCUUGCUGAGUGACCUCUGCGACUCUUGCAAGCCCGGUGACGAAAUUGAACUUACAGGAGUGUACACGAACAACUACGAUGGAUCCCUGAACACUUCUAAUGGCUUUCCCGUGUUUGCAACCAUCAUUAUGGCCAACCAUGUGCUCCGAAAAGAUGAUAAAGUUGCUGCACGGCACAUGACAGAUGAUGAUGUGCGUCGCAUUGUGGCCCUGUCCAAGGAUGAGAAGAUUGCUGAUCGAAUUAUUGCCAGCAUUGGACCUUCCAUCUAUGGCCAUGAGGAAAUCAAAAGGGCCAUUGCACUUUCCUUGUUCGGUGGUGAAUCAAAGAAUCCUGGUCAGAAGCACAGAGUUCGUGGUGACAUCAACCUCCUCAUCUGCGGUGACCCCGGCACGGCCAAAUCACAGUUCCUGAAGUACGUCCAGCAGAUAGCGCCGCGAGCAGUCUUUGCCACGGGACAGGGUGCUUCGGCUGUGGGUCUGACGGCGUACGUGCAGCGUAGUCCCGUCACUCGCGAGUGGACACUGGAGGCCGGUGCGCUCGUCCUCGCCGACAAGGGCGUCUGCCUCAUUGACGAGUUCGACAAGAUGAACGACGCUGACCGGACGAGUAUUCACGAAGCGAUGGAGCAGCAGAGCAUUUCCAUCUCCAAGGCGGGCAUCGUGACGUCACUCCAAGCACGUUGCGCUGUCAUUGCUGCAGCCAACCCCAUCGGCGGUCGCUACGACCCGUCCUUGACAUUUGCCGAAAACGUUGAUCUGACGGAACCCAUCCUGUCUAGGUUUGAUGUGCUUUGCGUUGUGCGAGAUCAGGUGGACCCUGUUCAGGACGAAAAGCUUGCUCGUUUUGUCAUUGACAGCCAUAUCCGUCACCAUCCAAAUGCAAACACUCAAGAAGAUGCUGAUGAGACAAUGGAACAGGACAGCCAAAGUCAACAUGACGAGAGUGUCGACACGGGCCCCGAGAAGAUCCCGCAGGAUCUUCUGCAGAAGUACAUCCUGUAUGCUCGCGAGAAGGUGCACCCCAAGCUCCACCAGAUGGACCAGGACAAGGUGGCUCGAAUGUACAGUGAACUGAGAAGGGAAUCCAUGGCCACAGGAAGUGUGCCAAUCACGGUGCGGCACAUCGAGUCAAUGAUCCGUCUUGCCGAGGCGCACGCACGCUUGCACCUGCGUGAGCAUGUGCUCGAGGAAGAUGUGAACAUGGCUAUCCGCGUCAUGCUCGAGAGCUUCAUCAACACCCAGAAGUACAGCGUCAUGCGAUCCAUGGCCAAGACAUUCCAGAGGUACCUGAGCUUCAAGAAGGACAACAACGAACUGCUGCUGUUUGUGCUGAAGCAGCUGGUCCAGGAACAGAUCAACUUCAUGCGGAGUCGUUACGGCAGCGAGCCAGAAGUUGUUGAAAUCUCCGAGAAGGACUUGCAGGAGAAGGCUCAUCAGUUGAACAUCACCAACCUCACGCCAUUCUUCAAAAGUGACCUCUUCCGGUCUCACCACUUCACGCAUGAUGCCAGGCGUCACCUUGUCAUUCUAACUUUCUAAGUGCGAUGGCCAUCCGGAAAUGCUCAAGGAUAACGUGACUGAGCUGCAUGGCCUCUGCCGCUGUCAUCUGGUCCACCCGCGUCCCAUCGAUGGCCAAGAGCUGGUCACCCACGUGGAGUGCCCCGCACCUGGUGCCAUGAUUGCGUGCAACAAACUGUGUCAGCACCACCUUCGUACUCGAUUCAUCCUUCCACAUGUAUAUAUAACACCUUUUCUUUAU